GAAGAGAUGCGCAUUGCAGGAAUAGAACACUUGGUACUUUGAUUGACGGUCGCGUGUCCCUCAUUCCAAGGUUCUUCAGUUACUCUCUCUCCCCUUUUUUGGCUCGGAGUAUUUUUUAUUUUUGUUGCUUGUUAUUAAUAUCUGAAUAAGGGCCCAACAUCUGGCCUUCUCUCUCCCUUCCCUCUCUUUUUUUCUAAAUCCUCCUGCUUACUUGGUGGUUUACUUGUUGCGUUCUGCUUUCUUCGCCCUUCGUUCAGGUCAUUUCGUUAUCUAGUCUUGUUUCCCGCUCCAGGGGCUCUUCCAUCCCGUGCUGUUUGAUGGAAUUGUAAAUCCCAUCAAAUAAAGCUAAUCCGAUCGAAUAUCAUUUAAUAUACACUUGUGCAUCCGUUCCCAAUCCGCUUCACUAUAGCUCCAUCGUCAUCAUCUAAAGCUAAUCAAGAUUCGACGAUUCCAUCCCCGCACGGCGUCAUGAACGUGAACAAGAAGCUCGGUCGCUUCAAGCAGUGGGCCGGAGAGCGUAUGGGUGGCGAGGUGAAGACAAAUGUAUCGGACGACUUUAAGGCGAUGGAAGCAGAGAUGGCCCUGAGACAUGAUGGGUUGGAGCGCCUUCACAAAGCUAUGACGGCCUACAUACGGGCGAUAUCUAAACGUAACGAAGGGGAUGGCGGAAAGCUCUUCUCUAUAGGGUACCUUGGAGGAGCGAUGGUAAACCAUGGGCAGGAUUUUGAAAGCAAUUCCGAGUUUGGGCAAUGCCUUAUCAGUUUUGGAAGAACCAAUGAGCGUUGUGCUCGGAUUCAGGAGCAGUACGUUGCUGAUGCGACGUCGAGCUGGCUGGAGUCGCUGGAUAGGUCGCUUGCUCAGAUGAAGGAAUAUCAGGCUGCUAGGAAGAAGCUCGAAAGUCGCCGUUUAGCAUACGACACUUCGCUCGCAAAGAUGCAAAAAGCAAAGCGAGAAGAUUUCCGCGUUGAAGAGGAGCUAAGACUACAGAAGGUGAAAUAUGAGGAGGCUAAUGAGGAUGUUUACCGACGGAUGCAGGAUAUCAGGGAGUCGGAAGCAGACAAUAUCUCCGAUCUUCGAGCAUUUUUCAAUGCUCAACUUAAUUACCAUGACCAGUGCCGAGAGGUGCUGCUACAGCUGAGAGAUGAAUGGCCAACUGGUCAAAGUCCCGUCCGUCGACCAAAUCUAUCCCGCAACACAACUGCACAUUCCUUCCACGAGCGAUUCGAGCCCGAAGAUCAGCCGCUAGAUGCCCGCCCCCCUAUACGACCGACCCGCACAGCUUCCUCCUGUCUCGACUCUCCAUUAUACAAGCCCCCUCUUAGCCGUACGUCCACCUUCGAAGGACCCACCCAGCUUCGAGGUCGGGUAUCCCCUCCACACUCAGGCCGGGUCGUCAGCGACAGCGCCUCUAUAAACAGCACAUCUUCCCAUGCCCGCACGGCCAACGGCCGGAACUACGACGGCCAUUACGGGUAUCCCGACGACGGCAUAUCGUCACCGCAUGGGAAAGUGAGCCCAGACCGCUUCACGUCUAGUUCUCUAUCCGGUUCUUCCAGUAAUCCGCUUCAAAGUCGGCCUGUGAGUAUGGGGCUGUAUAGUAAUGGUAACAGAGUAUCCUCCUCUCAAUCGUCUAUUCGAGCGAAGAAACCUCCACCGCCACCGCCUCCGAAGAGAAAUGCACUUAGAGCGGUGGAUAUGUAGAUGGUUCUUGGCUCGCUCCUUAUUUAUAUGUAUGAGUUGAUGGGUAAUGGCAUGUUUUAUUUUUAAAAAGGGGUCUCAUUUAAUCUCUACUACCUUUUUUUCUUUCUUUUUCCAGGUCGGAAAGCUGGGACCGAAAGCAGGUCAAUGGAAACAGGCAAAAGAAAAAGACCAGUCUCUUUUGCUUUUCUUUCUUUUUUUCUGACGCAAGAAGCCGAAAUAAACUCUUCUUUCUCUUGUU